AUGGUUGCGGCGCAGUCCAUCGCCGCGCCGCGCCGCGCCGUUGUGGCUCAAAUACAUCCAAAUACAAUCUGCUCGCUAUGCAAUAUGAAUACUGAUGAAAACCUUAAACAUGUUUUAUGUGAAGAACUGGAUGACAACUCGCUGACGCAGUUACCUAUGGCCCUGACUUACCUGCCAAUGCUGCAAGAGCUGUCCGUGUCGGGCAACCGGCUGGGCUACGUGCCGGCGGGCGUGCUGCAGCGCUGCCCGGCGCUGACGCGCCUCGAGCUCAAGGGCAACCCCGUGAAGGGCGUGCACCCGCUCGCCUUCUCCGGCCUGCCCGCGCUGCGCAAGCUGUUCCUGUCCGACUCGAGGGAACUGAAGCAGUUCCCGGCGCUGAACGGGACGUCGGCGCUGGAGGAGCUGUACCUGGACCGCUCCAGCCUGGCGGCAGUGCCGGCCUCCCUGUGUCGCACUUGCCCCGUCCUGCGCAGCUUGUAC